AUUUUGUAAUCUAAGAUUACAUUUAUUAGUGUAACUCUAGUAAGUUUUACUCCAAAAUCCAAUGGUAUCUCCUAAUAAUAUGAAUGUGUUUUAAAUCCCACGUUAUGCGAUAUGCUGUAUAUAGAGUCUGGCCAGCCAAAGCUGAACCCAGUGUUUUUUGUAGCGGCCACACUAUCUGGAAUGUUAUCAUGGCGUUUCUGCGUAGUUAGUUGUCAGUUUUGUUGUACACGGGUCAAAUUAUUUGCGAAUUUCUUGGUUUUAGUGUUGAAAUAUGGAUAAAACUAUAAAGAAUGCUGUGAGGCAGAUUUAUUUAAAAUGUAUGGUCUGACUGGCCAGACUCUACCUAUAAUAAUUAGUAGCCAAUUUAGAAUAAGAUUUUAUGUAUGAAUUCUAUAUUAUGUUACAAAUUGAGCUACUGUUGGUGCGUCUUUAAAUAAAUAAAUAAAAUAUGUGAUCUCAGAGGGCCAGGCAAGAACUUUCUUGACUACAUAAUAUUUAUCUUUAUAUUAUGGAUUAACUGCACUUAAGUAUCGUUAUUUUAUGACUUAACAUUUUUAAAUAUUAAUUACAAAUUCUGUUUCAUCAAAAUAAGUUCAUAGUUUUCGAUAAAAAGAGUAUCAAAUACUCACCCAUCCACAACAAAUUCGACAUCUGUGCUUGACAGUGACAGAUGACAGAUAAUUGACAUUUGACGUGGAGACUGGAGGUGUUGUGGAUCAAUACUUUGUUUACAAUUCCAAAAUAUCGAAUAAUUUAAAAUUUAAAUGUUAUAAAUUAUUCUUUGGAUUAAGUCCAUAAAGACUUGAAAGCAUUCAAAAAAUAAUAUUUGUGUUUAAUUGAUUCUGAGAGCCAAAAUGCCAAUUCAAGUAGAUCCUCGAAUGGGAAAUUGCACUUUGCCUACAAGAACAAGAACAGAAGUAAAUGUAAGAAUACUUUUAAAUAAAUGUGAAUCGAUUGCAAAAGAUGAGUCUUUGGAUGAAGACUGUCGUCUAAAACAAUACGUGCAAAACUUAGAGGAAUUAAUAACUGAAUUAAAAAAUGAAAAUCCUGACAAACCACUAAAAGAUAUGCCGGAAUAUAUAAAAAGGGCUGCAUUUUUGAAGGGAUUGAUUCAGACUAGUACACUCAAUAGCCCUAUGGAAAAAUUAGAAGCUGUGCAAUUAUUAUCUCACGGAGCAGCCACUAUGUCUGCCGAUGCAGCAGCCCAAGAGAUUCAUCAGAAAACUGUAGCAAAGUAUGGUUUAGAACUAAGAUCUGAAUUGUUUGGAACUGAAGACAGCGAUGAUACAUUGAGGAAACGGAACAUAAUAAAAGCACCAAAUUUCACAAGUAACAGCAGCAGUCAGGAAGACAUUGAUUCAUUGCUCAAAUAUCACCAAAAUAUGCAAGAGAAAGUGGCGGAGAACAUGGUACUUCUCACUAAAAGUUUGAAGGAACAAUCGCAGAUUGCUAGCAAAAUUAUCAAAGCUGAUACUGAGGCGUUAAAGAAGUCAUCAGAUCUCACCGAUAAGAACUUAAUGUCACUAAAAGUUGAAUCGGAGAGGUUACAAGAACACAGUCGCAGUGCAUGGAAAUGCUGGUUGUGGCUCAUGUUGGCUGCAGUCAUGGUCAUAUUUAUAAAUAUGGUUCUCUUCAUGAAAGUAAUGAAGAAAAGAAAAACUGACAUGUAAAUUAGUCGAUGUUAAUAAUAUUAUUUG